AUGAAAUCCCCCCUGCAGGUACUGUCGUCCUGUGUUCGAGCUCCGUGGGAGGUCUUCCAUGAGGAAUGCGUCAAACACAAAACUCCGGUGCUGCGUGACCUCUCUGCAAGAGAUGCCUAUGCUGCCUUUGGCGUUCUGAAUGCCCAGACUCGGUUCCAGUAUGCAGCGAUCUCCGCAGAUGAGUUGGCUAGCUACCUGUACUAUCGCGACAUCAUGUUCCAAGUCGGGAAGGCCGACAAUUGGGGCCAGCUGUCUCGUGAUGAGCGGGAUGACUUUAUGCCUAACGACGUGUGGAUGUUCCUUACAGAUCUUUUACGACGGGAGCCAAAGGUAUCGAUCUUGCUGCCGGAACUAGACCUCAGCUUCGUUCUGCAGGGCAUGCCUGCAGAGUCAGGCCCACUGCUUGCUUGGGAGAGGUUGGAACCUGGAGUCCUCGAGGUGUUUCAGGCAUUGGCAUCCAAGCUUCCGUUGGCUCUGGGCGCUUCGCUGGGUCCCGUGCUUGCACGGCUUCAAGUGAAGAAGGAGGAGCAGCAGGAGCCAGCUCGCGAGCUGGAUCAGCAGUCCUGCCUGGAUAUCGAACGGCAGCUGCUUCGACCCUACGUUUCGGAGCAGGCGAAGCUGGAUGAGCUCAUGUCCUGGGGGACGCUGCUCCACAGCCUCGUGCAGGUGGCAAAAGAACAUCUGGGAGAACUCUGGGUUAGAUGCUUGUGCAUUACUCUAGCCUCCAACGAGCAGACAUCCAGGCUGAUGCAGAUGCAGGCACAGGCCCCUCUUGUUCUAGCUGUGGUCUGCGACCGCGAGCAUUGGUCCGUGGUCCUUCUGCGAAGGGGCUCGGAGGUCGCCUGCUUUGUUGACGGAAAACAGGGUGAGGCUACUCUGCGUCUCGCCGAGGCCUUCGUAGUGUUGGCGCAGGAGCAGGAUAGAUGCAAGUAUGUGCUGCAGCGGAUGCCCGUCGCACCCCAGGACGACCAGUGGUCUUGUGGCCACCGAAUCAUAUGCACCCUAGACAGGCUGCUUGGUGGCAAGACCUCGAGCUCGGACUGGCCACCCAGCUUCGAGCCUGCGACCUACUCGCGGGCGAACAUGCUCAAAGUCAUCGAUGGCGUGUCGGAGGACCCCGAGAGCCGCAUCAUCCAGGACCUGGCUGUGGUGGCCCGAGCUGCGGAAACUGCUGGAGCAUCUGAGGGUCCGGUCGUGGACCGUCCGGACCAAGAGUCCGCUCUAGUGGAGGAGCCUGAGCCCAAGCGGCGCCGCCGACAGCUGACGGAGAAGCAGAAGGAAGAACAGGACUACCAGGCCGGUGUCAAGAUGCUGCUGGAGAAGAACAUCACCUUUAAUGAAACCUUUCAGCGGCAGCACCACGAGAACAAGCUCCCCAUGCCCAAGGGCCACUGGCGACAAUUCGUGGUCGCUGUCAAACGUGACACGGCCAUCAAGAAUUGCUUGGCUUGCAGCGGCUUGCGAGACCGCUGCCUUCUGCAAGACCGGGCCGAUGAGCAGGCGCAGCCAAUCCAGGACGGCGGCCGAGUCUACAGUGGCGAGGGCAGACCUCGUCGCACCGACCAGCGAGAGACCUUGCAAACCAUCCUUGCAAGAGAUCGGCCUGGCGUGUAUCAGCACCUGCGUACCUCCUGGUUUUGGUGUUCUUGGUGUGAGAAGGAAGUGAAUUUUCAACGGCUUUGGGUAGGUGGGAUGAAGUAUGUCAAGGACCAUGAGAAGGCCCGGUGCCAUCGUGAACCUGGCGUCCCUGCUGCUGCCUUGGCUGGCAGGCCAGCCACGUGCGAGGGCGUGGAAGUUGGAAGCGGGACAUGCCCCGGCCUGGAUCGUGUGGAAGAUGCUGUGGUGAUCUGGCUCCAAGCGGGCCUUAUCCAAUGCAUAGAGACUGAUCCAUUGAGUCCGUGCUACAGCCACUGCAUUACAUGGCGAGGUGACAAGGUCGUAGUGAAGUCUCGCUAUUGUCGAGGCUCCGGCGGGAGCCCGUGUGAUAGAUGCUUCAAGCAAGCGUCCUCGACCCUCUUCAUCAAUGAGGUGGUGCACUGGGCAACGAGAAUACACAUGGUCAUGCACGUGACAACCUUGGCCGAAGGGACAGAGCCGGAGAGAGUCCAGGCCAAGGAGAAACUCAUGUCGAGGGACAUCUACAUCACCCGCGAGGGGCGGCGAGAAGUGGACAAGCUCUUAACCUACGAGAACGUGACAGCAGCCAUUGGCUACGUCAAGAGGCUCAUGGAGAGCAUACCGAGGAGCAAGCUCACGGUUCGCUUGUCGUCCUGGCUCGAGCUGCAUGUGAGGACCCCGGUGGGAUGCGAGAAAGAGCGGACGGCCAUGCGGUUGCUGAGCAAGUGUUUCGCUGAGAAGGUCUUGCAAGGGGAUAUCCUCGAGGAUCAGAUCCUGCUGGCAAGCAAGGUCCUCUCGGGUGAGCUGCAAGCAGACCGAGUCGUGAGCAGUCUGAUGCUAUCCUUCAUGGACAUGCAGCAACGGCUGCGAGAGGGCAAGAAGGACAGAGUCUGUUCGGGCAAACGGUUGGACGAGGAAACGAUGCAGGAGCUGAUCUGCACCCUCGGAAAUUCCCGCGAGAGCAGAGACCUCCUCCGAUACUUCGGGGUGACACUGGGUGACCGACCUCGUGUGAGCUUCAGUGUCAGCCUGCUGCCCGAGUUCUUCGCCUCGCCUAGGAGUAUGGAUGUUCUUCGUCAGGCUGUGCGCUCGGUGCUGCCUCUUCUGGGCUGUGAGAAUGGCUCCCGGAAUUGGUUCAUUUCCGUAGACGAGACAUACUACACACCAAGCUGGCAACUGAUCAGUGGCCUACAAGGAGAUGGCCGUUUGGUUGUCGGCGGCCAUUGGGGAGAAUGCAAGGACACAGACUUCUCCGCCCUGCCUUCGGCUGAGGAUACACCGGACGACGGCCAUCUCUCAAGGAUGACACUCGACUUCGUGGCUUGCUCAACCCUUGACUGCAGCAAGGCAUGGCACUUAGCCAUGCUGCCCAUGCCCAUGGGAGCAAACAACGGCAAAGCUGUGCUUCAGUUGCGGGUGCUCGAUGCCAUCAUGCAUGCGGCCACCUUGGAGAAUGGGUGUCCCCCGCUGGGCAUCUCAACAGAUGCCGGAAGCAUCAACACGCCGACCCAGGAUCUCUUCGUCGGCUAUACGGAUGUUCUACAGGAUGCAGGGGAGCUCAAGUUCUUCAACAAGUGCACCGCCGUCAGCCUGCAGUACCUCCCCUACUGCAUCUGGCGCCACCUGAAGUUUCAGAACGGCACGUCCUCGCACAACCUCCUCGGUGUCUUGGACUGUUUGCACAGUUUGAAGCGGUAUACUUAUCACCACUUCACCAGCACACGAUGCGUGCUUUGGGGAGCGUGGUUCUCCAGUUGCUGGCCAACCUUGCAUGCUGGAGGCGGCAUCAGUCGCAAGGCGUACACACUCCAAGACACCAUGAGCGACGAGCAGAUGUAUCAGCGAGUGAACCCUCGUCACUUGGACGACGGCUGGGCCACGGGCGGGCUCCACGUGUACAUGCUGCUGUCGGCCCUCCUGUCCGGCUGCUCUGAAGGGGCGAACAAGCUCAGCAAAGAGGUCCGCUUUGUCAAUGCAACGUGUGCCUAUGCACUGCUUCUGCUCGGAGUUUACAAUGCUCGCAAGCGGUUCGGACAAACGUGGGCUUGCUGGUUUAUCCCAAUGGUCAGUGUGAGGAAUCUCUGCCAAUUGGCAGUGCAGCAAAUGGCGGCAUGCAUUGCCAAGCCGGCGGACACCGCCGUUCUCCCCGGCUGCUUCCAGGAGAAGCAGUCGGAGUACCACUACUCCCGGCUGAAGACGCCCUACAGGGGGACACCGUCCAUUCGCGACGCCAUUGUCGGCGUCCAACUGCUCCAUUGCAAGCAGCUUCGCUCCCACAAGCCUCCGACACCUGAGAAAGACAUGGAUCUCGCCGGUCUCGACUGCAAAGAUGCCAAACUCCUCGCUGGCAAGUGCUGGAAGGCCUGCUUCCUCUUCCAGAGCUACAUCUCCAAAGGGACCCCCGCACCCGUCAUCCAACAGGAAUUCGACGAGUGGUGGCUAAGCGAAGGAGAAAGCAUGCUCUCGAAGAAACGAUCCCUCUUUACGGCUGCGGAGCUGCAGGAGGACGACCAGGCAUGGGAGGAGCAUCUCGAGGACAUGAUGGAGGCCAUGGACGCUUUGGAUGAAGACGGUGGGGAGGUCCGCGAGGAUGAGGACUCCAGCCAGCUCGCGAGCUUGUUGGCUUCAGAAGACCACCUCAAGGCCAAACGAGAGCUGCAGGCUUUGACCGAAGCCAUGGGGAAGGAACCACCGCCAGCAGGACCGACUGCAGAGCCCUUGCCCCUGCCAAGCAGCGAGACACUGGACCAGGCCGUCGUGUCAGAGAUCGCAGAUCUUGGGGAUGAGAUUGUGAAGGAGCCGACCCUGUUCUCCGUCAUGAAGCCCCUGCUUGACUGUCCUGCAUUCGAGGUGCAGGCGACGGAAGGAAACACGGCUGUCUUGCAGAGGAUGACGGCUUUGAAGCCCGAGAUCCGCAAGCUUGUGUUGGCCAUGCGGCUUCGCGAGCGGUACCUGUCCCACGCUUGCCUGACCGGAACCUCCAAGACACAGAGCUCGUGGCACUGCGAGCAGCACCGCUUAGCAAUCGCCAGGGCCAGAUCUUUGAUUUCCGGCGCCCGGAACUCCAGGCAGCAGUCGUGGUGGCAGGUGCAGCAGCAGGUGACUGGGACCUCCCUGUCGGAGACUGUGGACACCGACUGGAAGCUUCGACCGCUGACUGUUCUUCGCCCUCCGGAGCCUGGCAGCGGACAGGUGGUCAUGUGCAAGCUCCCUCGCCCCGAUGAGAUCGGCAAGUCGCAGGAGAUCGGCAUGUUCCUCGUCACCGACGUUUUCCGUGGUGCUGUCUUCAAGCGAAAGGGCUCAGAUGCAAAGCGGCGGCAGUGCAAUAGGCCCUCGCCGGCAGCAUUGCCGUGGACUGCUGUGAGUGCCGUUCGCUUGGUGCCGCUCCAGCGAGUCAGUGAUCACCAGUGGGCGUGCUGCGGCUUUACAGAGCCAUGGACGGCUGAUCCUGUGGAGACCGUUGUCGCUGAGGUUCGAGUCGGCAGGCAGUGCUGGGAGGACGACCGCUUCUUCGUGCGGGUCGAGGACAGCGUCAUCGAGGAGAUCCAGGCGCUUGCAGCACAGCCGGACAAGUGGGUGGCCAAGACGAGCCCUGCAGUAGAAUCUGGCGACAAGCACGAUCCAAAGAUGUACUGCGUGCAGGACUUCGCGAAGUCGAACGGUGGCAAAAACCUGGUGGCCUUUUUGCGAGGGCUGCCGGAGCAGUAUGCCAAGGCGAAGCUGGAGUUCGACGUGCAGAACUGGGAAUCGAUUUGCCUUCGUUCCGUCGACUACUUCGACACGGUCCAGCCCACUGCAGUCGGCAAGGCCUACGGCAGAGGAGUCUUACAGAAGCUGGCACAGAUCCAGCCCGGGGCAGGUGGCAUCAAAGCUGUGCAGAAGUUCGUGGCGGAUGUCGACGCCUUGGCACAGCCUGUGCUCGUGGUUUGA